CGGCCGCCUGGAGGCGGCCUGGUCCAGGGACCAGCUGUACCUCCCCAACGACCCGUGCUACCGUGACACCCCCCUCUGCCCAAGCCCCUGCAGCAGCCUGUCGUCCCGCAGCUGGAUGUCGGAGCUGUCGUCCUGCGACUCGUUCUCGCACGCCAUCGACGAAGACGCCGAUGGCGAUCUGCAGAACGGCGCCCGGCUGCUACCGCCGGGCUCCCCAGGCAGCGGCGGCGGACGAGGAGGAGGAGGAGAGUUUGGCGUGGAGCUGUGGCAGCAAAAGUAUCAAAACGUCCAGAAGCCGGCCUGCUUCAGCCCAACGUUGUCGCCUUACCAGUCUCCUCAGCACUCGCCUCGUGCCAGCGUCAGCGAAGACACGUGGAUGAGCCGCCGCCCUUCCUCCAGACCGUGCUCGCGUCCCACAUCGCCGUGUGGGAAGCGUCGUCACGACAACGCAGACGACUUCUCACGCUCGCCGUCCCCUCAGCGCUCGCCCGGCGUCACGACAGGCGCGUCCCCGCGAGGCAACGCGACGGACGACAUCUGGGCGGGAUUUCUCGGACACUCCGUCCACGAGCCGCACGUCCCCACCAAGACCAGGAAGACGUCCGGGACGCAGCCGGGCGCUCUGGUGGGAGAUUCGCCGCCGGAGGAAGAGAGUGGCGAUGGGGCCCACCACCCACCUGGUCAGGAGUCACAUGAUGUGAUCGGCCUGGCCGAGCUCUUCCUGCAGGUGCCCGCCCACUUCAGCUGGACCGCCCCCACACCGGGAGCCGCGCCCCUUUUCAGAGCCUCGUCUCCUCCUCCUCUGGACUUUCCUCUCCCGAGCGACUUCGGGCCCAACCGGCUGAGCGUGGAGGCGGAGCCCCGCCCGUACCACCGAGCUCACUACGAGACCGAGGGCAGCCGAGGGGCCAUCAAGGCCGGCGACGGAGGACACCCCAGAGUCAAGCUGACCGGGCCGUGCUGGCGCCCCCCCGCCAUUCUGCUCCUGUUUAUGGGCACGGCGGACGAGCGCCAGCCCCUGCGCCCGCACGCCUUCUACCAAGUCCACCGCGUGACGGGCAAGACGGUGAGGACGACCUGCCAGGAGAAGACGCUGGACGGGACCAAAGUCCUGGAGAUCCCCCUGACGCCCGACAGCGACAUGACCGCCACCAUCGACUGCGCGGGAAUCCUCAAGCUGCGCAACGCCGACAUCGAGCUCAAGAAAGGCGAGACGGACGUGGGCAGGAAGAACACGCGGGUGCGCGUGGCAUUCCGGGUGGCGGUGCCGCGGUCGGACGGGUGGACGCUGUGGCUCCAGACGUCCUCGCGUCCCAUCGAGUGCUCGCAGCGUUCGGGUCUGGACCUCCCUCACGUGGACGGCUUUACGCCCGGCAGUUGCCGGCAGGAAGGAGGACAGCCGCUGGUCAUCCUCGGCUCCAACUUGUCCUCCCGCUCCAGGGUGGUCUUCUUGGAGAAAAGUUCUGAUGGGCGUGUCCUUUGGGAGACGGACGCCACAACUGUGCCUCAAACGAGUAGCAGUCCUCACGGUGGACAUCCCCGUGUACGAGCGUGAGACGAGCGUUCCCGUGCACGUGCUGUUCUACGUGUCCAACGGCAAAAGACGGCGAAGCGCUCAGCAGAGUUUCACGUACCUGCCGGGAGCGCCCCCCGCUGCCC